AGAAGGCAGCACUGUGAUUUUAACACAGGUAUCUUAGGGCUUUUAUUGUAACAGCGUCAAAGAAGAAUGCCCAUCGAUAGCGCGUCACCGCAUCAAACAUGUCUGUCAGUGGCUCUUCCUUGAGCGUCUGACGCGCUCAGGAAGCGUUCCGCGACGCGCUCGAUGCGGCUGCGGAUAUUAUACACUCUUUCGUGCGCCAUAGAGGAAUGAUUAUCCACAAUCGAGUGCGCGAUGUUUUGUGAUGGCCAGGAGGAGGAGGACAGUGCUCUCUCAAUCUUGUGUUUAUGAGCAGUCAGCACAGUGACUCCCACACAUGCCAUAGAUGUCCUUCCCUUAGCUCACUGAGCUAACUUUAUUUCUCCUCAUCACCCCUGAUAUCCUUCCACUCUUCCCUCUCUCAUGCCUCUUGCUCUGUCUUCACUCUAUCUCUCUUCUCGUAUCUGUCCCUUGUCCAUCCCAUUUGACUUUCCCAUCCUCCCUUCCUCUGUCACUCCUGCUUUGUGUCGAAUGUCAUAAUGGUGUGCUGUGGUCGAGCGCUGGACUCCCCCUGCACUCUGGCUCUGUUAGUGGGCUUCCAGUUCGCGUUUGUCCUCUACUUCUCCCUGGGAGGCUUUCGUGGCCUAGUGUCUGUUUUGGUUCAUUCCACCGAGCCUGAGAUCGACUACUCUCGACCGCAUGACGUCUACACCAACCUCACCUCUCUGCUGCUCCACCAUCCAGGACCCAGUGUACCAGAACAGCAGCUCAGAGACUGUAUACUGCCCUCUCCACUGCUGGUGGGUCCUGUUUCUGUCCACCUCUCCUCACCCCCCUCCCUGGAGAAGAUAAAAGAGAAGAACCCCUUGGUGACCUUAGGGGGUCAUUACCGCCCACCAGACUGUGAGCCACGGCACCACACAGCCAUCGUGGUCCCCUACCGGAACCGCCAGACCCACCUCCGCGCCCUCCUUUACCAUCUGCACCCCUUUUUGCAGCGGCAGCAGGUCCACUACGGCAUUUACAUUGUGCACCAGUCAGGGAACUCCACGUUUAACCGAGCGAAGUUGCUGAAUGUUGGAGUGCGGGAGGCGCUGAAAGAGGAGGACUGGAGCUGUAUUUUCCUGCAUGACGUCGACCUGCUGCCUGAGAAUGACCACAAUACCUACACCUGCCACCCCCAGUACCCUACACACCUCUCCAUAGCUAUGGACAAGUUCAGAUACAGGCUUCCAUACUCGCAGUACUUCGGAGGGGUGUCCGCUGUAACCCCGGAGCAGUACCUCAAAAUGAACGGCUUUCCUAACCAGUACUGGGGCUGGGGAGGAGAGGACGAUGACAUUGCAGCUCGAGUCCGUCUCUCUGGGAUGAAGAUAAUGCGCCCCCAUUUGGCCAUUGGGCAUUAUAAGAUGAUCAAACAUAAAGGAGAUCAGGGUAAUGAGCAGAACCCGAGAAGGUUUGACUUGCUGAAGCGCACAAGGCUGAACUGGCGCUCAGAUGGACUGAACUCGCUGACUUAUGAGCUCCUGUCCAAAGAGUUGGAGCCAUUGUACACAAAUUUAUCUGUCAACAUUGGGGAUGAUCCACACCAUCCCCCUGUGAAGGCUCCACCCCGGAAAUCAGAGCCUCAACCCGCUCCAACUCCUAAAAUGAAGACUGAAAAAGUGGGUGUGGUCAUCAAUCAUAAUGCCACAAAAGUGGAGCCCAUCCACUUGAAGGCCAGUAAUGAAAGUUCAAAUGUUGUUCAAAAAACUCCUUUGAAACAGGAGGUAGGAUGAUACUGAUAAUCAAGUAUCCACAGACAAUUCACAGGGUGAGUUAUUAAUGGAUAGUGGAGGGAAUACCAGUUUGCUCUUUAUUUUAUAUCGUGAAGCAUUGCUUCUCUAGGCAAAUAAGUUCAUUCCACUGAAAGUAGACUGAAACUGGUCCGGCCAUCUCUGAAUGUGGUUCAGCUGCUGAUAUGGUGAAGUUUGCACAAGUCUGAAGAUCUCGUUUCACUGUAGGUGUCGUAUCAGAGUGGGCCGAGUUGUAAACGCUCUCGAAAGUGACCUAUCGACGUACCUGUGCAAGUCCUGUGUGUUUUUGAGCUGACCUGCUGCCAGCUGCUGCUCUUCACCCCACUGUGUGGGUCUGUUUUUCUGUGCCUUUUCUUGCCCUUGAACCAGUCUCUUAUCAACAUGCCAUGACUAAGUCGAAAGCAUUAUUACUGCACACCACUGUUAUUGAUACUACAGUUGAAUGCUCUUUCCACAUGUUUAUCUAUUUUUCUCUUCUUUUAAUAUCUAAUCAGCACACACUGCUUUGUGAUCUAGUGCUUGAGCAGACGUGUAUCACUGUGGUCUAUUUUUGGUCUUACUGUACAAACUUAGAAAGGUGUGAUCUUUGAUUGUGAGCACUGGCUUAUUUUCUCUUUUAGCUGCUCAGAUACCUAUUAAUAAUUUUAUGAUGCAGUGUAAAAGAAAAGAAAAGAGUUUAAUUAUUUUAGGUAUUGUGUGGUGCCUUUGUUGGAUUCCAUUUUGGUUGUAGACAAUCAUUGGGAUAAGCAUAUAAAAUGACACAAAUAUUUAUUUGUAAUCUUUACAGACUUCUAUUAUUUGAAUUCAGGAAUAUGUUUCUGUUAAAUAGAUUCGAUGGUUUAGGUUGAAGGUGUGACUUUAGUCUCUAAGAUAUUUGAUAUUGUAAGAUUUUAUAAACAGGUAAUGGGUAAUUUUAUGUUUAGUUAUAUAGCAAGAAUAAAUUUGAUCCGUUAGUGAAAAAUAUUUGUUGUAUCACCAUUAUGGCACUUUUACAGUAUGUAAAAACUGCAUUCUGUAUUAAAUACAAUCCUUGAGUAUAAGCUACAUUUAAAGAACAAAGAUAUCAGCGUCAGAUGUUUUUCUGUUGAAGUUAUUUUGAAAUGAAAAUUGCAUUGCACAUUAUAUUAGCAGGCCCACUGACAUUUUUCACUCUCCCACAAUGCAAACUACAAAACAUUAAGAAAAAUAUCAUAUUAUUUACCGUAAAUGAUAGUCUGAAGGUGCUCAUUGAGAAUUCACCCCAUCAUGUGACAUGGUGCAUAUCUCACUGUAAGUACAACAUAUUUCAAAUCUAGAUAUACAUUUCAGAGAGGCUGUUUAAAUUAUUCUGAUUUUGAUACGCAAUUCUUAGUGUGACUUAGUGUCAUAAGAUAAAAGAAAACAUGGUGUUUUACUUCAUGCCUUUGUAUUAAAUCUACAAAAAGUGUAACUAAGAUAGUAUUCUGAGAUGCAUGUGGCAGAUAAAUCAGUUUCAUCCUAGCAUAUUUGCAAGACCCUUGCAUACUGUAUAUAUAUAUAUAUAUUGAAUAAAGUACAUAGUUUUCUAUCAGAUACAGUAUUUGGCAAUGGUGUUAAACUACUUUAAUGCCUCUAAUUUGAGAACAUUAUUACAUCUGAUAAUAACUGUUUUAGACAUGACAUACUCAGAAAAAAAGUGGUAAGAUUUUAAAGAUUGUGGAUAUUUUUUGUCAUGUCAUUUUUGGUCAAACACUGUUGAUUUGAAUGUGUAUUCCUUUGGCUAUGAUGACUGUUGGUUAUAUAAAUAUACAUAACGGAGACUCUGAAACUGCGUUUCCACCUGUGUCUGAGUUACAUUGAAGUUUGCCACAGAUAUUACUACUGAUCAGUUAUCUUGUGAAUAAACAUUUUACCAUUGUGAUUUGACCAUGCAGCUGUUUAUUGUAUGUUUAUCAACAGA